AUGGCAGCGCCGGCGAGCGACAGCGGCGGCGGCGGCGGCGAGCGGAGCCCAACCAGCAGCCCCGGGAGCUCGACAGGAACCGGGGUCGCCGCGGCGGGAGCCCGGGACGGCGGGGACGCGGCCGCUCGGAGCGCCGCCGUGACCGUCCCCGGCCUGCCUCCGCUCGAGGACUACGAGUGCAAAAUCUGCUACAACUACUUCGACGCGGACCGGCGCGCGCCCAAGCUGCUGGCGUGCCUGCACACCUUCUGCCAGGAGUGCCUGAGCCAGCUGCAGCUCCGCGCCGCCGCCGCCGCCGCCUCUGCGAGCGCCGCGCCUGAGCGCCCGCUGCGCCCGCCGCCCUGGCACGGCCCGCCCGGCGCCAUCGCGUGCCCCGUGUGCCGCCACCGCACGCCGCUGCCCGACAGCCGCGUGCACGGCCUGCCCAACAACACCAAGCUCGCCGAGGCCUUCCCUCUGGCCCUGCGCGCCGCGCACGACCCGCUGCCCCAGGACCGCCUCCCGCCGCUGCCCGCGCGCCGCGCCGCGCCCGCCGCCGCCGCCCUGCCGCCCGCCCCGGCCCCGGCCCCGGCCCCGCCGCCGCCGCCCGCGGAGGACGCCGCUCGCGAGCCCCGCGCCCGCGCCGGCCUGCGCGCCCCGGGCGCCUACGAGAGCUGCCAGAACUGCAAGCGCGCCGCGCUCACCGCCGGCUGCGUGUGCGUCGUCUUCUCCUUCCUCUCCAUGGUGGUGCUGCUCUUCACCGGCCUCAUCUUCGUCAACCACUACGGCGGCGGCGGCGGCGGCGGGGGGGCACCUCCCGGCGGCGGGGCGCCCCCUGGCGCUGCCCCCGCUGCCGGGUCGCCCUCGCCCGUGGGGCCCAUCUGUCUGUCGGUGGCCAGCAUCCUGGCGCUCUUCUCGGUCGUCGUCACUUGGGUCAUCUGCUGGCUCAAGUACCGGCCCGAGGGCGCGGCCGCUGGCUCGGCGGGGGGCGGCGGGGGCGGCCCGAGGGCGCGGGCGACGGCUGGCGGCGGCGCGCGGAGGAGCGACACGUAACGGGGCCUCAAGCCGGGCCUCCGCCAGCACCUCCAGCCCCCGCGCGGCCCGAGAGGAGGGGGGGGGGGGCCUCCGGCUCCGCGCGCUCGAGCUGCGCCCCCUCCGUGCGGCACCGGGACGCCCGGCCACCACCG